UUUUGAUAUUAGUUUUCGAUAUUUCAGGAUUUCAACCCAAGAUUCGAAUUGGCAAUUACAUGAGACUGAUGAACUUAGAAUUGUGAAAUAUCUUACAUACAAUUUGAACAUAUUUAGUAUUUACUUAGAUAUUUUUUACUUUUAUAAAUAUGGAAAAAGAAGGUAGCAAACAAGAAAAUAAUCCUCGAAUACCAUCAGCAGUGUUUGUGGACGAUGUAGACAAGUUUAUGGAAAAAUCAGAAAAUAGUAGCGUUGAAGAUGUACUUAAAAGAUUGGACGAGCAACAUAGCAAAUAUAAAUUUUUUGAAUACAAUUUAAUCACAAAGAGAAAAAGGUUGCAAUCCCAAUUACCAGAUUUAGAAAAUACUCUCGAGAUGAUUAAAACAAUGAAAGCUCACAAAGGACAACAAUUGAAGACAGACUUUUUAUUAUCUGAUGAUGUUUAUGCUAAAGCUCAUAUACAAGCAACUGAUAAUGUGUAUCUUUGGCUUGGUGCUAAUGUCAUGUUGGAGUAUAAUCUAGAUGAUGCCACUGAACUUAUUUCAAGAAAUAUACAAUUGGCCACUGAUAAUAUGGGACAAGUCGAUGAUGAUCUUGAUUUUCUUAGGGAUCAAUUCACUACAACUGAAGUUAAUAUGGCCAGGGUUUACAACUGGGAUGUAAAACGACGACAAGCAGCCAAAGCUAAACAAUAAACAUUUAAAUUAUUAAUAUGAAACACUAAUAUAAAUGCUUCUUUUUUAUAAAAUGACUAAAAAACAAAUUACUUUUCAAAAUUAAUCAGUUUAUUAACAUCUUUAAAAUUAUUAG